CCCAAGCUUCCUACCUCUGCGUGUUGCUGCAAGCCUGAAGCAUCCUAGUUGGCCAUGGAGACCCCCGCGCGGCCGCUGCACCUUCUACCCCUGUUACUGCUGCUUUGUGGUGAGUGUGCCCAAGUGUGCGGCUGCAAUGAGACUGGAAUGCUGGAGAGGUUGCCCCGCUGUGGGAAAGCCUUCGCUGACGUGAUGCACAAGGUGGACGUCUGGAAGUGGUGCAACCUGUCCGAGUUCAUCGUGUACUAUGAGAGCUUCACUAAUUGCACUGAGCUGGAGAGCACUCUCGUGGGCUGCUACUGGCCCAACCCGCUGGCCCAGAGCUUCAUCACGGGCGUCCACCGGCAGUUCUUCUCCAACUGCACCGUGGACAGGGCCCACUGGGAGGAUCCCCCAGACGAAGUGCUCAUCCCGCUGAUCGCAGUGCCUGUCGUGCUGACCGUGGCCAUGGCUGGCCUGGUGGUGUGGCGCAGCAAGCGCACGGACCAGCUGCUCUGAAGUUCCGCCAGAGGGGAGGCCGUGCCUGGGGAAGCUGGAAGAAUGUUGCCCGGAGCUUCGAGGGCUGGUGGACGCUUCCUGUGUUUGGUCUGCUUUGGCCACACCCUACCUGGUCAUGGCAGACUCCUCCUGCCCAGGCUGAUGUGGCCCUUGCUGUGUAGCCUGCUGCCUGAUGGAGCUCAGACCGACCACGCGAGUGGGCUGGUGGAAGAAAAGUGACCCAGUUCGUCUGUGUACCGAGUGUGGACGUCGUCUGUUGCUGAGCCCCACACUUCCCAGGCUGGCCUCCCUAGUCGCUAGCCAUUUCUUGGCCGAGUCUCGUUCAGCCUUGACCCCAGCCAAGGUCCUGACCCUGACCCCUGCGUACACUUGAGCAGAGAGGGCAGGCAAGGUCAUCUGGAAGAUGUGGAACCCUGAGCCCUUCCGACUGGGAGACUGAGUACAUCCUCUAUUGGACAGGAAGGACAGCCUGGGGACUGAGGAAUGGAGUCAUUAGGAGUCACCUGCAGAUCUGCCUGUCUCUUGUGUGAUCCCUCAUGGCUCUCUGUCCAGUGUGGCCCGGAGCUGGGGAUUGGUCAGCCCUUCAAUGACACCUGCCCUGCAGGUGAGGCGUGGGCCUCCUUCUUGAGGGGGAUGCCUGGGAGUAAGGCACACUCUGAGUAGAGUCUGUGCUCGGGUGUCUGUCUACUGAUGUCUGUUCUUUUUGAUUAAAGAGUCUCCUUACACCUGG